CACACCACUGUAUGUGGUGAAUCUAUUGGCAGUAAAAUGCCAAAAUGACUUUCCUCCUCCUUUAAAGAAUUAUUGUGUUCAGAACUAGCAACAAUUGGUCAGCAAAUCCUGUUUAUAGUGAUUCCUUGAAGAUAUCUUGACGUAUUAAAUAGGGUUCCAGGGAUAGGCUAAAGAGCAGCAAGGAAAGAGAGCAUCCUUGUCUUGUUCCUUUGAAUAUUUCUAAUAAAUCAGAUUUCUACCCAUGUACCAAAAUUAGUUUGGUAAAAUUUAGUCUUAGGAAUAUAAUAAUUUUAUAAAGCUCUUAAAAGGGCCAAUUAAGCAAAAGUUUUCCAAUCUAUCAAAAAGAUGUUCCCAUUUUUUUUUAUUAUUUGUGGAAACUCUCCAGUUUGGUAUUUUUUUAGGUGUCACGUUGCUAAGGUCCAGUUUGUCAUAGGAAAUAAGCAGUGGUAUGAAUGAAAGACAGAAAGAUGAAUGUAAGAGGGGCUUAAGAGGACGAUAGGUCGAAAAUGUAACAAUAAAAAUUAAAUUGCAGCCUUAGGAGCAAGAGUUUUUUGGCUUCAAGGGCUCUGUGACCCCCAUUUGAAAGUUAGAAAGAGGCAGAUGGGGGUGGAAAAUAAAUAAUAGGUUCUAAAAAUUUUUUUAAAAAAAGACCAGUUGAAAAGUUCCAAAGAAAAGAAUUUUCUAUAACAUUCUAAAAGUUAACUCAUAAGUGAAUUUACUCUUUAAAUGAUGUUCUUGGUUGUUGAAUGUCUUAAAUGUAACCCUCUCUUACCGUUUCUCUUCUUAGAAAAGGCCUUAUAUCAUCUUCACCUUCUUGUUAGAACAUGAGACCCUCUACAAAGGAACCAGGUCCAAGCUACUCACAUACUCGUGAACGACUGGUACAGGCAAUACCUCCUCGCGUCAUUUGCUCUUUGACCUGCGGGGGCCGUGAGUGCCGCUAUGAGGGUCCAGAGGGUUGGAGUGAAAAACAGCAAGCUAUCCGCGGAUUAUACUCCUCAUGGGUCACAGAGGAGAUCUUGGCAACGAGCCGUCCCUCCACCCGUUUAAUGAAAGAACACAAAAUCACAGAUCAAUUUCACAGGUAUGCUAUACGGUCUGUGAUCAGUGCUCAGCAACCUUGGGAACACCCUCAUUGUGGGGACCCUCUGGAUCCUCAAAGUGGCUUCUCAUACAGGCCUCAGGAUUUCAUGGACUCUGGCAUUUCUUUCUAUAGUUUUGGUCUCCCUGAUUUUGGUGUGGUCCCAGUUCCGCGGAUUCUGGAUGCAGUCAAGGUCAUUGCUUUUGCUCUGAGAGAGGGGAGAGUGGCUAUUCAUUGCCAUGCAGGACUGGGCCGAACAGGAGUCCUCAUAGCUUGUUAUUUGGUGUAUGCCUGUCGUGUUUGCGCAGCUGACGCAAUACGUUUUGUUCGUUUGCGCCGUCCUGGCUCCAUUCAAACAGCUUCCCAGUUGUCUCGGGUGCAUGAGUUUGCUAUGUUUUUGAGCUCUCAAUGGCCUGUCUUCCCUUGCACACCUCCAUGUAUUACAAGAUUUACCUUAUCACAGUAUUUGAUCCGCCAACGGCAUCUCCUUCAUGGGCAGGAGGCUCGGUGCUUCCGUCACCUUCCAAAGCCUGUGGUGGUCACAUGCCGUAGAUUGGUACAGCUCGCUGGUGGGAGAAGAGGAUGUGGGGGCCCCUGGGUCCAGUUGGAGAGGGAAGCUGCACACAAACUGCUGCGCCAGGUUAUUAUAAGGGCUGCCAAGGAACCCUCAAACAUUUGUGAAUUUCAACCAGCCUGUGAGGAUGAUGAAAAUGAACAAGAGCAAGCAGCAAGAAGAAGGAGGGCGAUGCUGAAAACUCAGAUCAGCUAUGAUACUGGAAUCCUGCAACUGCUGCUCACUGGAAGCACAGUAGUAGAGAAUGGCAGUAGUGGAAUGCCCAGCUUUGAUGUGAAGCACUCACAACACAGCCAGACAAGGGCAGGCAACUAUGACACAAAUGGUGAAGACAUGGCUGAGCAAAUACCUCUCAUGACUCCCCAACAUAUAUUGUGUGUUGCAGAAGCUUUGGCUGAUGUGAAUGAACCAGACAAUGAAACAUGCCAAAAAGUGCAAAUUCUUCAGAGGCUUUUGAAUGAGGAGGGAGCAUGGGCAGCAGUUUCCACAGAGAGUAAUCCCAAAGUUCUUAGCACCCUGCUUUGGGACUGGCUGUAUCAACUCAAGGAGCCUGUGUUAACACUGGAGGAUGUAAACCUUUUUUGUGAUGGAGACUGGAGAGAACACCUUAAAAGACUAAACCGGUGUCAGGGAGAGACUCUUUGCUGCCUCCUACAGUGUGUCAGUAAACUCCCAUCUCUACUGCCUCAGAUGGAAGAGAUGGUCAUAAUAAGACUUGUCAGAGCUCUGACACAGCUUCCUACAAAUGCUCAAGAGUUGCCUUCCAACAUCAUCUCAAGACUGCACACUGUUGUUUCAGAGAUAAGAGUUCAAGGUGUCUCUGCCAUGGGUGUACGAAGAUAAGUUACUAGAGUCAACUUCAGCUAACUGAGACUGAGAGGAAAGCCUUGAACAACAUUAAAUACAAAGGGCAGUUAACACAGAGUGAAGCAGAAAGAAUCUGCACAGAAGCAAUGUAAUAGAUGCAGAACAUUUCCCAUGGCAAACCCAUACAAAUAAACAAAGUGUGUUUAAGCUGGC